AUGGACGUAAAGGAAACGAACAUGGAUGUUAAGGAAACAGAAAACGGCUCAAAGGCAGCCUCGAUACAUGUCCGUGGCCAGGCAGGCCAGGCCAGGCAGACUAGGCAGGCCAGAUACAACGAAGCCGGGAGCACGGAGGUGACGGUGAAGUGGCCAGGUGGGAACGGGAAAAAAAAAAGAAGACGAGGACAAGGGGUGACAAAAGAGAUCGAAGAUACACAACGAAAGGCAACAGCUGUACGGAGCACAGGAGGACCAGUAGAAGCGGCAGGGCAACAGAAGAAAGAGGAAGAGGGUAGCAAUGACACGCUCGGCAGCCGAACAGCCCAAGACAAGGGAUCUGUGGGAGGACGAGGCCGCGCCGGGGUUUCAACCAGGGACCCUGCACGUCUCGGUCGCUGGGGACCACAAUCUCGCGUAGAGAAGCUAGUCUUGGCGCGAGAUGAGCGUGCUGCGUUUGUUGAUCGUGAUGGGGGAUGCGUCGAAGGAGAUGCCGGAGCUGCCUACUGUCGGACGAGAUUUGGAGAUGGAAUUGGGCCGGAGAUGAACGAUGAGCGGAUGCAGGGCAACGAUUAA